CCCGAAGUGCUGCUUAAUCCCACAAUGCAGUGCAUGGCGCGUCACUGAAGAACGACAAUGAUGGCGGCGGUCGGUGCACCAGAAGUGAUUUCACAGCUGGAAAGCGCUGCCAAAGUUUUAAUGGCACCGCCGUCCAUGGUAAGCACAGAACAGAGGCAGCAUGCAGAGCACAUAUUCCUCUCCUUCAGGAAGUCAAAAUCCCCCUUUGCCAUCUGCAAACACAUCCUCGAGACUAGUAAAGUGGACUAUGUGUUGUUCCAGGCCGCCACAGCCAUCAUGGAGGCUGUGGUUAGAGAAUGGAUCCUUCUGGAAAAGAGCUGCAUUGAGUCCCUCAGAACGUUCCUCCUCACCUACGUCUUACAGAGACCCAAUCUGCAAAAGUAUGUUCGAGAGCAGAUCCUGUUAGCAGUCGCAGUCAUAGUGAAGAGAGGCUCUCUUGACAAAUCCAUCAACUGUAAGAGCAUCUUCCAUGAGGUCAGCCAACUCAUUAGCAGCGGCAAUCCCACAGUGCAAACACUGGCCUGCUCCAUCCUGACGGCUCUGUUGAGUGAGUUCUCCAGCUCCAGUAAGACCAGUAACAUUGGCCUCAGUAUGGAGUUUCACGGAAGCUGCAAACGUGUCUUUCAGGAGGACGAUCUCAGGCAGAUCUUCAUGCUCACUAUGGAGGUCCUGCAGGAGUUCAGUCGGAGGGAGAACCUCAAUGCUCAGAUGUCCUGUGUUUUCCAGCGCUACCUUGCGCUGGCCAAUCAAGUGCUCAGCUGGAACUUUCUUCCACCCAAUCUGGGGAGGCACUACAUUGCCAUGUUCGAAGCGACUCAGAAUGUCAUGCUCAAGCCAACCGAGUCCUGGAGGGAAACUCUUCUAGACCACAGAGUCAUGGACCUUUUCUUCACUGUGCACAGGAAAAUCAGAGAGGACUCAGACAUGGCUCAAGAUUCCCUUCAGUGCCUGGCCCAGCUGGCCUCCAUCCAUGGCCCCAUCUUCCCCGAUGAGAGCGCUCAGGUGACCUACCUGGCCCACCUGGUGGAGGGAUUGCUCAGUAUGAUCAAUGGGAUCGAGAUUGAAGACUCUGAGGCCGUAGGCAUCUCCAGCAUCAUCAGUAACCUCAUCAGCACAUUUCCCCGGAGCGUUCUGACAGCUCUCCCAAACGAGCUCUUCGCCUCUUUCAUUAACUGCCUCACACUGCUCACGUGCUCGUAUGGUCGCAGCGCCGCCCUGGAGGAGGUGCUGGAUAAGGAUGACAUGGUGUACAUGGAGGCGUAUGAUAAGCUGCUGGAGUCCUGGCUGACGCUGGUGCAGGAGGACGAACACUUCCCUCGGGGCUGUUUUGUCCAGCCGGCCGUGCAGGUCUUCAACUCCUACAUUCAGUGUCACCUCGCAGCUCCCGACGGCACGAGAAACCUGACUGCAAAUGGUGUCGCUUCUCAUGAAGAGGAAGAAAUUAACGAAUUACAGGAGGACGACAGAGAGCUGUUCUCGGAUCAGCUGGCCAGUAUCGGCAUGUUGGGCCGCAUCGCUGCAGACCACUGUAUACCUCUGCUCACAGGAUUGUUGGAGGACCGAGUCACACGGCUUCACGGGCAACUCCAGAGACACCAACAGCACCUCAUGGCCUCAGCAGACCCGGGAACGGUGGAACGGAAGGUUCUAGAUGACCUUUAUGAAGACAUUCAUUGGCUCAUUUUAGUGUCAGGUUACCUCUUGGCUGAUGACCCUCAGGGUGAAACACCAUUGAUACCUUCAGAAGUGAUGGAGUACUCUAUCAAACACUCGACAGAGGUGGAUAUCAACACUACACUGCAGCUGCUCGGCUCUCCUGGAGAGAAGGCCACCUCCAUCCCAGGAUGCAACAGGACAGACUCUGUUAUCAGGUUGUUAUCGGCGGUGCUAAGAACCUCAGAAGUGGAAUCUCGGGCUACACGAGCGAGCCUGACUGAGCUCCUGAGUCCUCAGAUGGGCAAAGACAUUGUCUGGUUUCUUCGGCGCUGGGCCAAGACAUACCUGUUGGUGGAUGAGAAACUCUACGGCCAAAUCAGUAUACCUUUCAGCACAGCAUUUGGAGCGGACACAGAGGGAGCGCAGUGGAUUGUGGGAUAUCUUUUGGAGAAAGUGAUCAAUAAUCUGUCAGUGUGGAGCUCUGAGUCAGAGCUGGCUAAUGAUACUGUGGAGCUGCUGGUGACUCUGGUGGAGAAGAGAGAGAGGGCGAACAUCGUGGUGCAGUGUGAGAACUGGUGGAACUUGGCCAAGCAGUUUGCCAGUCGCAGCCCUCCUUUGCAUAUGCUGUCCAGCACAGUCCAGCGGACCCUGAUGAAGGCCCUUGUCCUGGGCGGCUUUGCUCACAUGGAUUCUGAUACCAAACAGCAAUACUGGGCCGAGGUACUGCAUCCACUCCAGCAGCGCUUCCUUAACCUCAUUAACCAGGAGAACUUUGCUCAGAUCUGUCAAGAGGAAGCUGUGAAGCAGGAGAUCGUUGCCACUCUGGAAGCUCUGUGUGGCAUCGCUGAAGCAACGCAGAUCGACAAUGUGGCAUCUCUCUUCAGCUUCCUCAUGGACUUCCUGUCCAGCUGCAUUGGCCUCAUGGAGGUCUACAGAAACUCACCAGAAACGGUCAACCUCAUCAUUGAGGUUUUUGUGGAAGUGGCCCACAAACAGAUCUGCUACUUGGGCGAGACUAAGUCUAUGAAACUGUAUGAGGUUUGCUUGACGCUGCUGCAGGUUUACUCCAAGAACAAUCUGGGUCGCAAGAGACUCGAUGUAGCCGCAGAGGAGGACCAGUACCAGGACCUUCUGCUAAUCAUGGAGCUCCUCACCAACCUGCUCUCCAAAGAGUUCAUUGACUUCAGUGACACUGAUGAAGUGUUUCGUGGGCAGGAGCAGAGCUCUGGUGCUGGACGGCCCGUAUCAGCUGCUGAUGUUGUGCUGUAUGGGGUUAAUAUUGUGCUGCCCCUCAUGUCUCAGGACUUGCUUAAGUUCCCUUCUCUGUGUAACCAGUACUAUAAGCUCAUCACCUUUAUCUGUGAGAUCUUCCCAGAGAAGAUCCCUCAGCUGCCUGAGGAGCUCUUCAAAAGUCUCAUGUGCUCCCUGGAGCUGGGCAUGACCUCGAUGAGCUCAGAGAUCAGUCAGCUAUGUCUUGAGGCUUUAUCCCCAUUGGCUGAGCAGUGCGCCAAGACACAGGAAAAGGACACGCCCCUAUUUAUUGCCACACGACAUUUCCUUAAACUGGUGUUUGACAUGCUGGUGCUCCAGAAGCACAACACUGAGAUGACCGUAGCAGCAGGAGAAGCGCUCUAUACACUAGUGUGCCUUCACCAGGCACGUUUAAUGCUUGCAGUAUGAAUUUUACCUGAAAGAAAUGGAUGAUC